UAGGGGUCGACAACUGUUGCUGGCGAGAGGAAGCACGGACCUCUUGUUUUUGUUCUUGGAAACCGUCAAGGAGAAACGUUAAAAGUGCUUUUCCGUUAUCUUCCGCUAUUUCAUAGCUUUGCUGAUGAUAAUAGCAUAUUAGGCGCCAUCGAAACGCUUCUAAACAAUGAGCCGUCCGAGUGAAAGACAAAGUGCUGAGAGUCAUGUAAAGGAUUGACAUGCUGCAGAUUCUGUGCUCUCAUGCUUCGAUAAACAGCACGAUACAAUGACUGACAGGGGGCUUUUACUGUGGCUGGAUCCUCACCUGUUUUGAGGCUGUGCAUCUCUUGGGAAUGGCACAACAGGGCAUAGCGUGGCUCCCCAUGGUGUUGUGGGCUGUGUUGGUUCCGUGUUCUGCAUGGCUGACUCCACGCAUCUCCUUUCCACAAGGUUCCCCCGGGAGGCCUCUGGUCCGCUUCCACAGGCCAGACGUGGGCAACACCACGCUGCUGCUGCUCAGCGAGGACGGGGACACGCUGUUUGUUGGGGCGCGUGAUGCCGUGCUGUCCCUGGAUGUGAGCCAGGAGGGGGCCAUGGGGAUUAGGAGUCAGCUGGACUGGUCUCCAUCAGAAAAUGACCUUCAGCAAUGUUCAAUGAAAGGCAAGGAAAUGAUGGAUUGUCCAAACUUCAUACGUGUGCUGCAGUUUCUGAACACCACGCACAUGUACGCCUGUGGGACGUACGCCUUCAGCCCGCGUUGCACCUACAUGCUCACCGAGAACCUGACGAUGACGAGCCAGAGCAGCAAGCCAGAGGAAGGCCGGGGUCGCUGCCCCUACGACCCCUACCAGCGCAACACCGCCAUCACCGUCGAUGGAGAGCUGUACACGGCCACGGUUGCGGACUACAGGGGCAACCGGCCAGUCAUCUCCAGACACCUCAGUCCCGUGGACCUCAAGCUGGACGACACGCUGGGCUGGCUGGAGGAUCCCACUUUUGUCAGCUCCAGCUUCAUUCCCAGCGAGGAGAAAAUCUACUUCUUCUUCAGCGAAGUGGGCAGAGAGUACGACUUCAUCGACAAAUUCAUCGUUUCCCGUGUGGCUCAGAUCUGCACGAGCGAUGUGGGUGGCCAAAGGACCUUGCAGCGGCGCUGGACCACCUUCGCCAAAGCUCAGCUGCUGUGCCAGGCCAGCAGCGAGCUCCCCUACAACGUGGUCCAGGACAUCACCGACCUCCCGCCACCAGAGGGCGCCCCUGCAGACGACACCUUGUUCUACGGCAUCUUUACCUCCCAAUGGUCGGUGAAUUCUGGCCAAUCGGCAGUGUGCGCCUUCCGCCUGGGGGACAUCAAGGCGACGUUCUCCAGGAACUACAAGGUGUUGAACCGGGACACCCUGCGCUGGAGCACACGGGUCCAGGAGAAGGUCGCAAAUCCAGGAGAGUGUGGUCUUCACAACGCAUCAGACAACACGCUUCGUUUUGUCAAAGACAACUUCCUCGCAGACGACAGUGUACAGCCAGUUGGGAGGAGCCUGACGAUGGUGUCACAUGACAAGAAAUACAGCCAUCUCGCUGCCCAGCGGGUCCGGGCCGCCAACCACAGGGACUACACAGUACUGUUCCUACUCACAGACUCGGGUUACCUCCACAAGGCAGUGCUGCUGGAGCAGGGGGCUCACAUCGUGGAGGAGGUCCAGGUCUUUGAGCAGCACCAGUCCACCGUCGGCAUGCAGCUCUCCGUCUCCCAGGGCGUGGUGUUCGUGGGUACGUCUGAGGGCGUGGUCCGGGUGCCGGUGGCCAACUGCUCCUUCUACCCCAGCUGUGCCCAGUGUGUGCUGGCCCGGGACCCCCUCUGCGGCUGGGACCACCUGGGCAGGGCCUGUGUGGAGGUCUCUGCUAGCCCGGCCAGCCUAGGUCAGGAUGUGGAUGAGGGAAAUGUGGAACAGGUCUGCAUUACAGCAUCUUUAUCCCCAAGGAGUCGCUUUGGACUGGACCAACUGACGACAGGUGAGACAGUGACGGUGUCCGUGUCCCUGAACGAGGUGGUGCGGCUGCAGUGUCCCGGGACGUCCCGCCACGCCCAGCGCACCUGGGAGCGCCCCGACAGCCGCAUCUCCCCCGACCUCUACUUGCACCUGGGGGACGGCAGCCUGCGCUUCGUGGUGACCCCGGCCACGCUGGGCAAGUACCUCUGCCUGUCCACGGAGAACGGCCACCGGCAGACCCUGGCCGUCUACCACGUCAGGCAGAAGACGGCGCCGCCGACCCCCACCCCCCCUGCCCGGCCCCGCACCACCCCCACCCCCGCCCCCCCCACCUGGACGGCGGCCACGCCGGGAGGACUGAAUCCGGCCUCCACCACGGGGGUGUGGUCCAAGAUCAGCGCGGAGGUGAGGCGGCACAUGGAGGGCGUGUCGGCGCCCAGCGCGGCGCCAGGGACUCUGCGGCCCACCGGCCCCGGGGCGGUGACCCUCGGCGACCGGCCACGGGACCCGGGGCUGGAGGACGGGGAGCGGCUGCCGCGGGCGCGGGCCCCCAGCUACCUGAAGGAGCUGGUGGUGGUGUCCGUGCUGCUGGCGCUGUGCCUGGGCCUGCUGCUCGCCGAGGCGCUGUUCGCCGUCCGCCAGCGCUGCCGCAAGCGCACGGCCCCCCAGGCCUCCGACGGCAGGGGGGGCCCGGGCGAGAGGGAGGCCCUCCGCGGGGAGCCCUCGCCACGCGCCAGCGGCAAACGCUGUAACGGGCACGGAGCGCGCGGCAGCCAGAGCAACGGGCAGGUGGGCAGCGCCGCGCCCAAGGGGUCCAACGGGCACCUCCCCAACACGCCCAUCUGCCCCCCCCCACCAUGUGGGGUCACUCCUGUCGGAUGACACGGUACGUGCUCCUGUGAAGGACCAAUGCUUCCUUCCCCCUUGGGGAACCGGUACUCAAACCAAGACUUGCUGCUUCUCUGACGGUACGCGACCGUGAUGUUGCUGUGUACAUAUCGUUCAAUACAGUGAAUGAUGCUAUUAUAAAAAAGAAUUUGUCCACAUUUCCAAAAGGGGAUCCACUGAAUGGACGGGGAUUUAAUAAAGGAAGAGGCAUUCCAGGGUCUUUUCUUUGACAAAGGUGGUACAAAUAUAUAUAUCAAAUCAUGUCAUUUUAUUUUUAAAUGCCAUUUUUUAAGGAAAUUCCAAUUCCUAUGAAUGUACUCUAUACAACGGACCAACCACUUUCCAGUAGCAUUUCACUAGUGAUGAACCACCACACCACUCAUCCGAUCUAUGACCACUACCAUGUUGUUAUUUAGUUGUUUUAGACGCUUCAGGUUAGACUGGGAGACGGAUUUCAGACAUCCUGGACCGCAGUCACAUCCAUUUCCCAUUGGCUGUACCGCUAUGUGUGCAUUGACCAUGUGUAGUGCUUGAGGAGAAACCAUUAAAGAACAAUGCACCCACCAGAUGUAAAUUGAGCAUGUUAACUCAUCCCCAGUCAUAAUUUUCUUAUUCAACAAAUCAAAGUGUACCGAAAAAUAAUAUUGUAUAAAAAACGUGAACAUAACUACCUUCUACAGCUCGUGUCUGAUGACGACUUGUCAAAGCUGGCAUUAACCAAUCAGCAUGGUUCUGUUCCGCCUGUGGUGGCUAGCCAGUUCGGUUACUUUUGCACAAUCCAAAUAAAUGACAUUCCACAUAAACGUUGUCCUCCUGUGUUGUUGAUCAUAUUACAGGUUGCAACAAUUUGCAUUAGCUAGGAUGCCAUUUAAAAAUAAAUAAAAAUUACUAACAUUUUAUGUCGCUCUGAAUUAGUCGU